AUGGGCGACAUCUCCGGUACCGCAGCCCAGCCUGCUCAUAUGGAAGUCAUUGAUCUUUCCCUUGGGUGGUCCUUCAAGCAGACCGACGACGUUGGUGAAAACUCCUGGUGUCCAGUCAAGAAGGUCCCCUCGACCGUACACCAAGAUUUAAUCGACAACGGAAAACUGGAAAACCCUUUUAUUGGGUUCAAUGAAAUCAAGGCCGAAUGGGUAGGCUUGAAAUCAUGGACUUACCGGGCCAAACUCGCCCGGCCAUCUAGAGCCGGACCGGAGGCGAGAAUUGUCCUGGCUUUCGAUGGCUUGGACACGUUCGCUCACGUCAAGUUAGAUGGAGAGACCAUUCUCCAAAGCGACAAUAUGUUCUUGCCUCAUCGGGUCGACGUCACGGAGGCCAUCAGGUCCCAAGACCAUCACCACCUGGAGAUUGAGUUUGAGUCUGCCUUCCUCAAAGCCCGAGAAAUCAAAGAUCAGCAUCCAGACCACAAAUUUAUCUGCUUCAACGGAGACCCAGCACGACUGGCAGUGAGGAAAGCCCAAUAUCACUGGGGCUGGGACUGGGGGCCCUUGUUGAUGUGUGCGGGCAUCUGGAAGCCUGUUCGAUUGGAGAUUUAUUCGGUGAGGGUGGCAGACCUGCGGACCGAUAUUUCCGUCUCGGACGACCACUCGCUCGCCACGAUUCAAGCCAGUGCAGAAAUCGAAGGCCUCGACCGUCAACAUGCCUCCGUCCGAGCUAGAUUCUUCAUCACACAGGGAGAGACAUUGAUCUGUGCCAGCGACGCCAUCGUGAUGCCGGAUGGAAACGUUUCUGCUCCACUUCAGGUGGCUAACCCAGAACUGUGGAUGCCGAACGGAUACGGAAAGCAGUCACUGUACACUGUCAGUGUGAGUAUCAUCGGCGAAGGGAUUGUGUUGCAUACCGAGUCUCGACGAGUUGGACUGCGCCAAAUCCAGCUGGUUCAGGAACCCGACCGUCAUGGGAAAUCUUUCUAUUUCCGGGUCAACGACGUGGACAUCUUUUGCGGGGGGUCCUGUUGGAUCCCCACCGACAGCUUUUUGACCAACGUGACUCCCGAGAAGUAUCGGGCUUGGAUUGAAUUGAUGGUGCCGGCAAACCAGAAGAUGAUCAGAGUCUGGGGUGGAGGGAUCUAUGAAAAUGACGCGUUUUACGACGCGUGCGAUGAACUGGGUAUCCUGGUGUGGCAGGACUUCAUGUUCGGCUGCGGGAACUACCCCUGUUUCCCGGCCAUACUCGAAUCGAUUGAAGCCGAAGCCGUGGCUAAUGUUCGGCGAAUUCGCCAUCACCCGUGCAUAGCGAUAUUUGCCGGAAAUAAUGAGGACUACCAGGUGCAAGAGUCGGCUCAUUUGACCUAUGACUAUGAAGACAAGAAUGAAAAGCACUGGCUCGCGUCUGAUUUCCCGGCCCGGUACAUCUACGAGUCGCUUUUACCCCGGGUUUCGGCGGCGGAGGCGCCCUGGAUCCCUUACCACCCUGGAUCGCCCUGGGGUGACGGCAAGAUCAGCUCAGACCCCACCGUGGGUGACCUGCACCAAUGGAAUGUCUGGCAUGGGACGCAGGAGAAAUAUCAAGUCUUCGAUUCCCUGGGGGGACGGUUCAACUCCGAAUUUGGCAUGGAGGCUUUCCCUCACCUUGCGACGAUCAAAUCGUUUGUGGAGAAGGAAGACGAUCUCUACCCGCAAAGCCACGUUCUCGACUUCCACAACAAAGCCGAUGGGCACGAGCGACGGAUCGCCACGUACCUGGUGGAGAAUGUGCGAACAGCAACGACGCUCGAGGCAUAUGUCCACCUGACGCAGCUCAUCCAAUGCGAGGCUCUGAUGUUUGGCUAUCGUGGUUGGCGGAAGCAAUGGGGUGAUGAGCGACACUGUGGCGGAGCCUUGGUGUGGCAGCUCAAUGACUGCUGGCCGGUGACCAGUUGGUCGAUCGUCGACUAUUACCGCCGAAGGAAGCCUGCCUACUAUGCCAUGGCGCGCGUGUUGGCCCCGGUGGCGGUGGGAAUCCGCCGUGCCCAUCAUGACUGGAGCGUGACACAUGCCCGUGAACCCCGGACACAGGAGUGGGAAUUGUGGGUGGUCAGUUCCCGGUUGAGCGAGAUUACGGCGGAUGUGGAGGUCAAGUUCGUGUCAGUUCGCACGGGUUUGGAGAUCAAGGAGAAGAUGGUGAAAAAGGGCAUCAAGGUCCAAGCCAAUGGCACCACCAAUGUGCUGACUGGAUACGUCGACAAUGUGCGCGAGGAGCCCCAUGUUCUGGCUGCGCGAAUUUGGGUCGACGGUGAGCUCGUGGCACGAGAUACAGAUUGGCCGCAACCUCUCAAAUACCUCCCUUUCCCGGAUCGCAAUGUCCGGGUGGAAAUUGUGGGCGAUGAGAUGCACGUGUCUGCCGAGCGACCUGUCAAGUGUCUGGUGUUUGAAGAACGAGAAGGGUGUCAUCUCAGCGACAGUGCGAUUGAUGUGGUGCCGAACGACACGCAAAUUAUUCGGGUGCGAGGACUCGAGGCCGGCGAGCCAGCCUUGGACUGGACCUUCCUGGGGGCUGGGGAGCAAUGA